AUGCUUCCUCCUUUUGAUUACUUCGAAUACCGCCGCAUAAGGAACCAAAAACAAAGCGAGCGAGAACUCCGCUUUACGGGUCUUUCGCACCAGUAUCACCUCCGAAUUAUCGCCCAGGACCGGAAGAUCAUUGAUCAACCUAUCGAGGAGCUUGUUCACGAUGUUCAAGAUUCAGCUGUCUCCCCACUCGAUAUCCUCCGCACAUAUGGAAAGUCGUGGCUGGAGUCGGAGAUCAACCUGAAGGGUCCAUUGGCCGGUAUUCCGGUCUCAUUGAAGGACUCUAUUAAUGUCAAGGGAUUCGAUACAAGUGUUGGGUAUGCGUCUCUGGCCGGAAAUCCUGUUAUGGAAGAUGGGCCUAUGGUGAAGCUCUUGAAAGACGCCGGCGCUGUCCCAUAUGUGAAGACUGCUCUGCCAAUCACACUGCUCUCUUUCGAGUCAUCUAACGGGCUCUGGGGUCAAUGCCGCAAUCCGCAUGUCCCUGCAUACUCGCCUGGUGGCUCAACCGGCGGGGAGGCAGCGUUGCUAGCGCAGGGUGGCCGUAUUGGUAUUGGAUCUGAUGUUGCUGGCUCAGUGCGCGUUCCUGCCGCUUGGAGCGGUAUCUAUUCACUACGCUGCAGCACUGGCCGAUGGCCCAAGGGUGGCGUAAACACCAGCAUGCCCGGUCAGGAGGGUGUUCCUAGUGUGUUUAGUCCUAUGGCCCGUACAUUGGACGAUUUGACUUACUUCACUCGUGCAAUUAUCCGUAUGGAGCCCUGGAAAUAUGAGCACAGUGUGCACCCCAUCUCUUGGCGCAGCGAGGUCGAGUCUGAGGCUCAAAACAAGCCUCUUCGCAUUGGUCUGAUGACCUCUGAUGGCGUCGUGCCCCCGACUCCAGCCAUUGAGCGCGCCAUCGCAACAACCGUGGCUGCCCUCACCGAAGCCGGCCACACCGUAUCAGAAAUCACCACCCCACCCAACGCAGACCCCUUCACAGGUCUGAACCUCGCCUCGCAACUCCUCAACUCCGACGGCUGCCACCACUUCAACGCCAAGCUCAAGAGCUUCGAACCAUCUGACCCAGGCGCCAGCCAACUCUCCCGCAUCGCCCACCUUCCCCGUCCGCUCCGCUACCUCUACUACCUCUACGUGCGCUACAUUCGUCGCGACAAGGUCUCGGCCACUCUCAUCCGCGACUUCGGCCCCAAGUCUGCCGCCCAGCUGUGGACUAUAACCGCCCAGCGCGAAGCCUUCCGGGCCGUCUGGCACAAGUGGUGGGACGCCGAGCCCCAGCAAUAUGAUUUCAUCCUGUGCCCUGUCAAUGCUACCCCAGCUCUGCCGCACAAUGCCAUGCACGAUGCCGUCUCCUCGUGCGGUUACACCUUCCUGUGGAACUUGCUCGACUACUCCGCCGGUGUUAUUCCCGUAGGACAUGUAGACCCUAUCCGUGACGCCCUCGCCGCACCCUAUAAAACCGCUCUCAAGCGUCUGGGCUGUGACCACGGCAUUGCGCGCGGUGCGUGGAAACACUACGACUCGGCCAAGAUGGCUGGCCUCCCCACUGCUGUGCAGGUCGUCGGUCGCCGCUGGCAGGAGGAGCACGUCCUCGGUUACAUGGCUGCUGUGGAGAAGGCUCUGGAACAGUAUACUGAUCCGCAGACCGGUGAAAACUGUCGCUAUACCCUGUUGGAAAUUGAUUAA